AUUGACGGCUUGGAUGUAUAGAUAAAUCACGAUGGGCCGGCCCACAGAACUGCCCGUUCGGGGCUAGAGACGGGCGGGGGUAGGACGCAAUCCGCGUCCGAUUGAUUGUACAUUGGGGACAUUAGGUAAAAAUCCCUUCUCUUUACUUCGUUCACAAUCUUUCCUCAGCUCUCUUGAGUUCAUACAAAUCCUUCUUUCUCCCGCCACGAAACCGCCCUCCACUCUCAAAACCGAAAAGGCAAAAAGCCAGAAACUAUGCAGUCCGAAACCGCUACCCCUUAUCCCAUCAAAACCGUGGUGGUUUUGGUCCAAGAAAACCGCUCCUUCGACCACAUACUCGGAUGGAUGAAAUCCCUCAAUCCCGAGAUCAACGGCGUCACGGGCACCGAGUUCAACCCCAUCUCCACAACCGAACUCGAAUCCGAGCGGAUUUACUUCGGGGACCGGUCCGAAUACGUCGACCCGGACCCGGGGCACACCAUCGAGGAGAUCUACGAGCAGGUUUUCGGGGAGGAAUAUCCCGUCAACGGCGGAGAGGGAUCUUCCGUCAAGGCUCCGUUAAUGAACGGUUUCGCGCAGCAGGCGGAGAAAGUGCAGAAGGGGAUGUCGAAGACAGUGAUGAAUGGAUUCCGUCCGGACGCCGUGCCGGUUUACAAGACGCUGGUGUCGGAAUUCGCUGUUUUUGAUAGGUGGUUCUCGUCCGUUCCCUCGCUGACUCAGCCGAAUCGGCUGUUCGUGCACUCGGCCACGUCGAACGGUUCGACUGCCAAUGACACGAUGCAGCUCAUACUGGGGUAUCCGCAGAAGACGAUUUUUGAGUCGUUGGAUGAGGCUGGAUUAACGUUUGGGAUUUACUAUCAGUACCCUCCUUCCACGCUUUUCUACAGGAACUUAAGGAAGUUGAAAUACAUAGGGAAAUUCCACAACUUCGAUCUGCAGUUCAAGAGUCACUGUGAAGAAGGGAAGCUGCCAAACUAUGUGGUGAUUGAGCAACGAUAUUUCGACAUGAAACUGCUGCCUGGGAACGACGAUCACCCAUCGCACGACGUCUCAGAAGGGCAGAAAUUCGUGAAAGAGGUCUACGAGGCUCUUCGAGCAAGCCCGCAGUGGAAUGAGAUGUUGUUCAUCAUCACCUAUGAUGAGCAUGGAGGAUUCUAUGAUCAUGUCCCGACUCCUGUGACUGGGGUCCCGAGCCCGGAUGACAUUGUGGGUCCCGAGCCAUAUAACUUCCGGUUCGACCGACUUGGUGUUCGGGUCCCCACCAUCAUGAUUUCUCCUUGGAUCGAGCGAGGAACUGUGAUACACGGACCAGUGGGGCCAUAUGCUACAUCUGAAUUUGAACACUCUUCCAUUCCAGCAACAGUGAAGAAGAUUUUCAACUUGAAGGACUUCUUGACAAAGCGCGAUGCAUGGGCCGGCACAUUUGAGACUGUCAUAACACUCGAUAGUCCUAGAACAGACUGCCCAGUUACAUUGCCAGAGCCAACGAAACUGAGAGAGGGCGAUGCAAACGAAUCAGCGAAGCUAAGCGAAUUUCAACAGGAAUUGGUGCAAAUGGCUGCCACCUUGAACGGGGAUCAUAGUAGAGAUAUCUAUCCACACAAGCUAGUGGAGAACAUGGCAGUCAAGGACGCCACCAAUUACAUAACAGAUGCCUUCAAAACCUUCUUAGAAGCAUGUGAGAACGCCAAGAAGAAUGGAGCGGAUGAAUCAGAGAUCGUCGUUGUGUCAAGCCAUCCUAAGGAGCCACCAGUGGAGAAGAAGAAGAAGAAAUCCUUUGCUCAUAAAAUGUUUGCCUGUUUGGCUUGCAAUAAUUCUUAGAGACUCAGUUACAAUUUAUUUUCUUGUUUCAUUAAAUUGUUUCGUAUCAUUAAAAAAUAAGCCCACGCAAAAAGAUUGAUCUGAUUUUUUAGAAUUAUUGCCAAGUCCCAAUUUAAAUGAAUUAUUAAGCAAGUUUUGAUUGAGUUAAAUUAGAAAAUGGUUAAUAAGAUUAGGAAAACCAUCUUCUAUAUAAGGGCUAGCUAAUAUAUACUCAAUCCAUGGAAAACGUCCCUUCCUCUCCAGCUUGUUGAGUAAAGUAGUUUGUUGGUUUA